UAAAAAUGUUUCAUCUUUCGUAAUUGUGAGUCAUUUGCACGUCACACUGAUUAUGCUGUUCUGGGUAGAGCAAAACAAAUGCAGGGAAGAUAGUGCCUGUGAGCGUUAGUAACUGCAUGCUGUAAUUCUGCAGCACCAGUUACCUACGUCAGGUAGUAUGAGAACUUAGCUUUUGAGGCUCCGUGUAUGAGCUACACGUGAGUGCAUUGAGCAUCCAGUGCUUCUGACCUUGAAACUUUUUUUUCUUUUGACGUUCUAGAUCUGGGCAGGGGGUAAAGCUGUGUCAGAGUUGGACAUUUUUGAAUCUGCCUUCCUUAACACGUUUUCUCUCCUUUUCCCAUCUGGAGUGCAGCUCUAAAAGUGUGUUGCACCAAGAUAGAGCAAUAGAACUGGUGGUAUCUUGAUUGUGAAGACUGCUGAGAGACACCUAGGACCCAGUCACAUAAGUGUAAUAAAGAAAUAUUGGUCCUCAUGGAGGAAGAGCAAGAUUUACCAGAGCAACCAGUUAAAAAAGCCAAGAUGCAGGAAUCGGGAGAGCAAACUUUAAAUCAAGUAAGCAACCCUGAAGUCGAUGAUCAGAAACCUGAAACUUCAAGCCUUGCUUCAAACCUUACUAUGUCAGAGGAAAUUAUGACGUGCACCGAUUACAUCCCUCGCUCAUCCAAUGACUAUACCUCACAAAUGUAUUCUGCAAAACCUUAUGCACACAUCCUCUCAGUUCCUGCUUCGGACACUGCUUAUCCUGGGCAGACUCAGUACCAGACACUACAGCAGUCUCAACCGUAUGCUGUCUACCCUCAGGCAACCCAAACGUAUGGACUACCUCCUUUCGGUGCAUUGUGGCCAGGUAUGAAACCUGAAAGUGGUUUAAUUCAGACUCCAUCUCCAAGUCAACACAGUGUUCUUACCUGCACUACAGGGUUAACCACAAGCCAGCCAAGCCCAGCACAUUAUUCUUACCCCAUUCAAGCUUCAAGCACAAAUGCCAGCCUGAUAUCCACUUCAUCUACAAUUGCCAAUAUCCCAGCAGCAGCGGUUUCCAGCAUUUCAAACCAGGACUAUCCCACCUAUACUAUCCUUGGCCAGAGUCAGUACCAGGCCUGCUACCCCAGCUCCAGCUUUGGAGUCACAGGCCAGGCUAACAGUGAUGCUGAGAGUACCACGUUAGCAGCAACCACGUACCAGACAGAGAAGCCUAGUGUCAUGGUACCUGCGCCUGCAGCACAGAGACUGUCCUCUGGAGACCCUUCUACAAGCCCGUCUUUGUCCCAGAGCACACCAAGUAAAGAUGCUGACGACCAGUCCCGGAAGAACAUGACUGGGAAGAACCGGGGCAAGAGGAAAGCUGAUGCCAGCUCUUCCCAGGACAGUGAAUUGGAACGGGUAUUUCUGUGGGACUUGGAUGAAACCAUCAUCAUCUUCCACUCCCUUCUUACUGGAUCCUAUGCCCAGAAGUAUGGAAAGGACCCAACAGUAGUGAUUGGCUCAGGUUUAACUAUGGAAGAAAUGAUUUUUGAAGUGGCUGAUACACACCUAUUUUUCAAUGACUUAGAGGAGUGUGACCAGGUGCAUGUGGAAGAUGUGGCUUCUGAUGACAAUGGCCAAGACUUAAGCAACUACAGUUUCUCAACAGAUGGUUUCAGCGGCUCAGGAGGCAGUGGCAGCCAUGGCUCCUCUGUGGGUGUACAGGGGGGUGUGGACUGGAUGAGAAAACUGGCUUUCCGUUACCGAAAAGUGAGAGAAAUCUAUGACAAGCAUAAAAGCAACGUGGGUGGCCUUCUCAGCCCCCAGAGAAAGGAAGCGCUGCAGAGACUAAGAGCGGAGAUUGAAGUUUUAACAGAUUCCUGGUUAGGAACUGCAUUAAAGUCCUUACUUCUCAUCCAGUCCAGAAAGAAUUGUGUGAAUGUUCUGAUCACUACAACACAGCUGGUUCCAGCUCUGGCCAAGGUUCUCCUGUACGGGCUUGGAGAAAUAUUUCCUAUUGAAAACAUCUAUAGUGCUACCAAAAUUGGUAAAGAGAGCUGCUUUGAGAGAAUUGUGUCGAGGUUUGGAAAGAAAGUCACAUAUGUAGUGAUUGGAGAUGGACGAGAUGAAGAAAUUGCAGCCAAGCAGCACAACAUGCCUUUCUGGAGGAUCACCAACCACGGAGACCUAGUGUCCCUGCACCAGGCUUUGGAGCUUGAUUUUCUCUAAGAACUGGAAUGAAGAGCCUUCCCCAUGAGCUCCGUUUCACUCCUGAAGCGAGCUGGAGACUGGAACCAACUAGGAACUCGCUCUCUCUCUCUCUCCAUGGAACGCUGGCGAGAACACAAUCAGGACCGGUAGCUGCGAGGGACGAAGCUUAGUUCGGCUGAGAGUGAGCCGCAGCCCCGUGUUCGUCCUCGUGCAGAAGCAGGAGACAGGGGACUGGGAGAACGAUAGACUCGCUGCAGCUACAGUGCUUUUAAUUCUUCUGGGUUUUUUUCCUUUUGUUUUGUUUUUUAUGUUGUUUCAAAAAAAUGAAGAAAAAAAAAAAAGGAAAUUCUUGGGGCAGAGUUGCACUCUUUGUCCGUGACCUGAGUGAGAACUGCUGUUAACUCGUGGUGAUAGGGAAAAUGUGCAGACUUUUGUAAUGACAUCUCUUGCAGUCUUUGUAAUCUCCUUAGCUGUAGGACAUAUUCCCAGUGAAUGUAUAUGUAAUUUUUAUAGGUAAGGGUCUGGUCUCUGAAGCAGGUUCUCCCUCCUUUUUCUAGCAAGAAAGGGGUGUGUAAAGUUUCCUUGGAAAAUAGCAACUGAACUAUCUAAAAUACCUCUCUGUGACAGUAGCACCUCUUUAGCGGCUCCCGUGGUUUGCUGUCUAGGAUGGUUUUCCUCCUGUUCUUCCAUCUCCUCGUUUGCUGAACUGGGGGGCCCUAGACACUGAGAAACUUUAGACUCUGUUAUUUCCCAUCCUAGAAGCCUUAGUCCCCUUUCAAAUCCCUCUUCCCCUUUAACCAAGUAGCACAAUCCUGGAAAUUCCUUCUCUUAGACAGUAAAUGCUGAGCCUUCAGCUUGACUCGUUUAUUCAAA